AUGGAGGCUAAAGAGCAGAACACCGCAUCUGCCCCUACAAGCUAUCAUGCCGACUCUUCAAAAGACGACAGAGAGAAUGGCGGUCGCCCAGAAAAUACAGGCAUCUCAACAGAAAAUGGCCAGGGCCAAAAGAAAGGAGUCCGGUUCUGGGCUAUCAUCGUGGCUAUCUGUGUUGCAGGGCUGUUAACAGCGCUCGAGGCGACCAUCACCUCGACCGCUUUACCGACCAUUAUCAGUGACCUGGGCGGAGCAGACAAUUAUAUCUGGGUUGUCAAUGGUUACUUUCUUACCAUGACUGCCCUACAACCUCUAUAUGGCCAGCUCGCCAACGUGUUUGGUAGACGAUGGCCAACUAUCGUCGCCACCGCAGCCUUUACUCUCGGCAGUGGUAUUUGUGGAGGGGCCGACAACAUCGCCAUGUUGAUUGCAGGUCGAGCGGUGCAAGGUAUUGGAGCUGGUGGGAUUAAUGUUCUGGUGGAACUCAUAGUCUGCGAUUUGCUCCCACUUAGAGAACGCGGCAAUUAUCUGGCAUUAAUCUUCGGGCUCAUCGCAAUUGGCACAGCUCUGGGUCCGCUUUUUGGGGGGCUGAUCGUGCAGCAUACCACCUGGCGAUGGGUAUUCUAUCUGAAUUUGCCCGUGGGAGGCUUUGCGCUUGUGCUCUUGAUCCUAUUCUUGCGUGUGAAAUACCAGAAGGAGACCACCUUGGCAACCAAAUUAGGCAGCAUCGAUUGUCUCGGAGACACCAUCUUUGUCGGGUCGAUUGUCUCUACCUUGAUCGCUUUGUCAUGGGCUGGUACAUUGUAUCCGUGGUCCUCCUAUCGUAUAAUCGUUUCGCUAGUUCUGGGCUUGCUCGGGCUCGUUGGUUUCCUUCUUUUCGAAACAUCCAAGUUUGCGCUGAGCCCAACCAUGCCAAUCCGCCUCUUCUCCAAUCGAACCUCCCUCGGUGCAUUUAUCCUCACAUUUCUGCACAGUGUGGUCACAAUGUGGGCCCUAUACUUCCUUCCGGUCUAUUUCCAGGGCGUGCUAGGAUCGUCUCCAAGCUAUUCGGGGGUGCAGUUGCUACCCACGAUUCUUAUCAUUAUCCCAUUUGCUGCAAUCGCUGGGGCCCUUCUUGCAAAGUUUGGCCGUUACCGUCCGAUUCAUCAUGUAGGCUACGCAUUGAUGAUCAUAGGAUUUGGUCUUUUCAGUCUUCUAGAUGAAAACUCCUCAACGGCCAAGUGGGUGAUCUUUCAAGUCAUCGAGUCGGCCGGGGCUGGCCUGGCCAUUCCAACUUUGCUGCCAGCGGUCCAAGCCGAGCUGACCGACGCCGACAAUGCCCUGUCUACGGCCACCUGGGCGUUUAUCAGAAGCUUUGGACUGAUUUGGGGCACGACUAUCCCGGCUGCCAUCUUCAACAAUCGCGUAGAUGAGCUCUCGGCUCAAAUUUCCGAUCCAGCCGUCGUGGCUGCGCUGGUCGGAGGCAAGGCCUACGAGCAUGCGACCGCCGACUUCCUCGAAACCCUUUCACGCAACACGCGCGCACAAGUCAUUUCAGUCUUUUCGGCCAGCUUGCGGCGAACCUGGCAAGUUGCCAUUGCUUUCGCCGCCCUGGGUUUCCUCCUAGUUAUCUUGGAGAAAGAGGUCCCGUUGCGCAGAAUAUUAGACACAGAGUACGGUAUGACAGAGGUGCAAAAGAAGAGUGACAAUAUGCCAUCCGCAGACGAAAAUCUGCAUACCGAGGCUCCGAUAUGA